UCCUGAACAUCCUAUGUACAGUAAUUUGAAAACUUUUCUAUUCAACUUAUCCUCGAAAAAAUUGCUCUUAUUACGUGCAUAUUCGUCUUGAUAGGUUGUCAAACAAGUAUUACGCAAAUUUGUUAUCCAUUACUUCGUGCUUUCGUAGAUAAAAACAUGUUAAUAUUUCCGUAGAUUAUGUAGGUACAAUUUAGUCGAUAAAACGUCACCGGCGAUUACCGGUGUUUUAUUCAAUCCGCGAAAGUUCAUCAUUGCCAAACUAUGAAGAGAGUGAUACUUUUUGUGAACGGUACCGAUGUCAACGGCAAGGUAUUUAUGGUUACACAUUCUGUAGAAGAAUUAUUGUCAGCUGCUAGUACAAAGUUUGAAAUCAGUGCUAAAAGAAUUUUUACUCCGCAAGGUGGAGAAAUUGAUGAUAUUAAAUUGAUCAGAGAUGACGAUAUAUUAUAUGUUUCAAGCGGAGAAGAUUUCAUUUAUAAAAAUAAAGUUGCCAAUGAUGAUCAAAUGAAUGAAGAUUCAGAAUGGAUUACAUUAAAUGUUGGUGGAAAAUAUUUUACUACUACGAGAAGUACAUUAACAAGAAAUGAACCGAUGAGUAUGCUAGCCAGAAUGUUUACAAGAACGCAAAAGUCUGAUGAUACAUUAAAGCCAAGUUUGAAAGAUCACACAGGUGCCUUCUUAAUUGAUAGAAGUCCUGUGUAUUUUGAACCAUUAUUGAAUUUCUUAAGGCAUAAUCUUAUAAUAUUAAACUCUAAUGUUAACGUAGAUGGUGUGUUAGCAGAGGCUCAUUAUUAUGGAAUGGAAAAUGCUAUAAGUGUUCUUACAAAAAUGGCCAAUGAAAAAAAUUCUCCAGGAGAUGGUCUCAUAACUUUAAACCGCAAACACGUUGUGAAAGCGAUCAUGUCUACAUCGCCAGCUUCUGAAUUGAGAUUUCAGGGUGUUAAUUUCUCAGGUGCUGAUCUUUCCAAGUUGGAUCUUAGGAAUAUUAAUUUUAAGUAUGCUGUUAUGGAUUCUUGUAAUCUAGCAGGCGCUAACUUAACUGGAUGUUGUUUUGAACGAGCUAAUUUAUCACGUGCCAACCUUAAAGGUGCACUGCUUUCAUGCGUAAGAAUGCCAUGUGCCAACUUGGCUUCUGCAAAUUUACGUUCGUGUAAUUUUGAAGAUCCUAAUGGUUUGCCUGCAAAUAUGGAGGGAGCAGAUUUUCGAGAUGCGGAUUUUGAAGGAAGUAAUAUGCCAGCAGUUAAUCUGAGAGUGGCCACGUUAAAGAAUGCUAUUUUACGAAAUUGUGAUCUAAGAUCGGCUGUAUUGGCUGGAGCAAAUUUAGAGCGUUGCGACUUAUCAGGCUCAGAUUUGCAAGAAGCCAAUUUACGUGGGGCAAAUUUGAAAGAUGCCACUUUUGAAUUAAUGCUUACACCAUUACAUAUGUCUCAAACCAUUCGGUAACAAUAAAAGAAAUGCUAAUUUUUAUAACUUUCUGCUUAUUGUGAUAUAAACGUGGUUUAUAUUUAACUGAUAUUUCAGCCAGAUAAUAUAAAUUGCAGCAUUGGUAAAAUUUUUUAUUUUUUAUUUUCAAAUUGAUAUUUUAUAUCUAUAAUUCAUUUAAUUAAUAUUUAUAGAAAAUCUAUUAGGAAAAAAAUGAUUUGAUUCAGUUCGCAACAAAAGAAAAAGAAAAAAAAAACAAAGAAAUUGCAAUAGAAAGUAAUAUUUACUGUAAUUUCUAUAUCAAUAUGAAAAAUGUCUUCGUUCUAGUAGAUAAACUGAAAAUUGAUAAGUUGAAAUUGAUGAAAAAAAUAUAGGAAUACCUAUAUGUAUGUAAUUUCAGAGGAAUGUUACGUGAGUUCUUUCACUACUUCUGUCAUUACUAUAAGCGUGUGUUCGCGUGUUAUUAAAUCAAAUAUGCUAUUACAUUUUCCAUAAUAAUAUAUUUGAUAGCGAAACAAAUGAAUUAUUUAAUACGAGCUAAAUAGGACCUAGAUAACGAUUAACGCAUUUAAUAUAAAUAUACUGCAUGUUUAAUAGAAAUACAUUUCAUACUUGUAUUGUCUGUGCAAUAGAAUUUACAGCUGUUGAAAAUUGCAUUAGCAUGGUUUCCUAAAAAUGCAUUACUUAAUUGUACUCUACUUUUGUACUGUAUAUUAGACAUAAUAUUUCGUUAUAUUAUAAGUAUAAAUGCUACAUGAUAUAAUAUAAACAUAAAUGAACAUAUUCAUUUAAAUAAUUGUAAAUAUAUAACUUAAUUAA